UGAAUGGACCAGGCGUUACGUUUCCUUGAUAAAAUCAAUUUUCGGUCUCAUUCUUUACUUACGGAAUUUGGUAUGCUUCUGUUCAUUUCCCAGGGACAUUCAUUGUUCCAUAGUCGUAUGACCGCUACCGGCUUGCAACUUACUGAUCAGUGUAACAGCCGAUAUCUUGGUCAGCAGAUAUUAUCACACCCAGUAUAUAUUUUCCACGCUUCAGAUGGAUUCUGGGUCAGUUCUUCUGCCUCAGCUUCCUGGACUUAGAAAAAUAUCCCUUCCGCUUCAAUCAUAUGUUCCGAACCACUGCUUCAACUGAGCGAGUGGUGAGCGUCAUUAAAAUGCAGACUGGAAUUUGCUCUCCUGAAGUCACGGUUUACCUGAAACAGGAACCCGAUAUGGAAGACCAAUUACGACCAGGAUUAACACUUCUAGACCAAGGAUUUCGUGGGGGCGACGAGUGGUCUCCGCAACUAGUCAAACUGUUCUACUGCACUUCAGACUAUCGACCGGAAAAUUGGUCCGUUACUGAAGCCCUGAAGCUUUUGUCUCCGGCUCACGAUCCAGUCUUGUGUGUUCGAUUAUGUGUUUCAGUUGACUCUACAAACGAGGAGGAAUCUUUGCAAUUAAACUGGUGGAUCGAGUUUGACGAAGUGCUGACGAUAUUGUCAGAGUUGCUUGAGCCGUCAUCAUUGUUGCCAGUAAACGGCAAGCGUCAUACACAGUUGGGCGUCUGGUCACCACCAACCAGUUCAACAUGGACUCUUCGUACAACCGCACCAGCACUUUGA